AUGAGCAUCACCAGCAGCAAUAUCGUCGUCGAGUGGUUACGCUCGCUCUACCUCGGCGAGUACGCCGAGUCGUUCCUCGACAACGGCUACGACGACCUCGAGAUCUGCAAGCAGAUCAGCGAGCCGGACCUCGACGCCAUAGGCGUGUUCAAGCAGAGCCACCGGCUUCGGCUUCUCCAGUCGGUCAAGCGGCUGCGUGAGGAGGGCGCAGCCAGUGUCUACUUUACCCUCGAGGAGAGCAGCGCUUGCCUGGCCGCGGCCUCAGCUGCCACCGACGACGAGGACGACGAUGAUGUUGGCAACGGCUGUGACGCCAACGAGGACAAUGACAACAAGGAGCGUGGCGGUGGUGUCGUGGGCGACGUCGACAACGAGGACAUACAAAGGCACCAUCCUGUCGUUGUCUCGAGCACCACAGCGAAAACGCCGGCGAGUGUGCAGGCUAGCGAGAACGAGCAGCAGCAACAGCUACAUCAGCAACUACACCAUCAUCAACUGAGCAGUCCGCUGGGACUUGGCACUGGUUCCCAGCGCUGUAGCUGCUGCUGCAAGGAGUUUCCUGGUGAUUCAUCUGGUUGCGGCCGUUGCGCCGGCCUGUCCUCCUCCUCCUCCUCCGCCUCGGCGACCAAGUUUUUGGACGAGUACGAGGAGGGCAAGGCUGAGCUAGUACGCAUACCCAAGAUGCAGCUCAGGCAUCUGCUCCAGGAGAAGUUGCGCCUCGAUGGCAUUCGACUCGCCUGUCAGCCCUACACGACUCCGGAUGGUGAGCGAGGAUAUUUGGAAGGGUUAGCUUCACGUUACGCUGAUCUUUUGAAAACGCAUUAUCGAGACGUCCUUGAGCCUCUGGAGGAGUUACGACGCCGAGAAGCUAGUUCAGCCCUGAAGUCGUCCAAUUUACAACUCUCAACCACUCAUUCCCAGCCCAUUUAUGUUCCUGGUAAAUAUUCGCCGUCAAGCUGCUUAAGUGACAAAGAAGAAGAUGAAAUAUAUGAUUUUGGGUAUGGUGUAUUUGGACGUCAAAUGUUACAACAAAGACAACAAAAACUGGCCCUAACACAAAACUUUGCUUUGUCCAAUUCCAUCAAACAACAAAAUAUUUAUCAAAGCUGUCUAAGUCCAAGGUCCGCAUUUUUUUACGAAUUUCCGCCUAAUGAGCAAGGUCACAACACAAGUAAAAAGAAAACGACGUUUUCGAGAAUCUUGAGAGGUUUAAAAGCACACAGGAAAGACAAACAUGGACCAACGCAUGAUUCACCAGUUCACAGCCAAUCUAAAGCAGUAGUACCACAAAGAGUUGAUACACCAGAUAGUGUUUUGCAAAGUGGCUUAGGUUUACCCAUAGAAACUGGACAAACUGUUCUUCGUUCUAUGGUUGACCCCAGAGAUUACGAUCGAUUAAAGUAUUUACAAACAAAUGGAAGCCAAACAAAUAGUUUUGAAGAGACUAUACAUAGGUUGAAAGUGCAAGAAGCAUUAAGAAAAAAAGAACGAUUCAAUAAGGAACAUGAAGAGAUCUUAAGAGAUAUCAGACAAGGAUUAAUGCAAUUUCGACCUGAUGCACAAAGUAAACUUCCAGAAGAUGAUACGUACAUGUAUGAUGAAGAAGCUAGGUGCAUAGAUUUACAAACUUUAGGGCUGAUGGGAAGAAAAGUUCAGCAUUGGUACGAUGAGCCUCCUUAUGAAUCCGACCCUGAAGAUUUUCUGAUGGGUUACAAUAGCAAUUUAGGUAACGCUAAUUCAGUAGGCGAAAAUUCUAGUAGAAUGUGUCACACGUUGAGUGUCAAUUCCGAACAUCGCAGUGAAGGCGUUAUUUCAUUGCGAACUGCUGGUGAUAUAAGCUUGCCUAAAGACCGCUCUCGAAGGGGAUACUCCACGAUAAAGGGACUCAUUGUGCCACAAGGUCAUAACAAUCCACCAACUAUAAUACCACUCACUCAUUCUAGAGCUUCUCGCGAAAGUGGAGAAUAUGCAAGCAGCGAAGUUCAGAGUCGUAGCAGUGGCGAAGAAGAUAAUGUCGAGUCACCACGAAGCCAAAGCACAGAUUACGAGGAACCGGAUACAAUGGAUGUAAAUCGAGGAAAAUGGCACAUAAUUAAACAAACAAGAAAUUCGUCAAUGAUGCAAACAAAUAAUUGUGGAAGUAAAAGUAAAGGUGUCGGUAAUAACGGAGGACGAAGCGUGAGUGGUGGUGAAGUCGGAAACGGAGGCAUAAUCAACGUCAGCAGUAUUGCAGGCCGAGCGAGAACACUGCGACAGGACGUGCAGCGUAAAAUAUCACGGCUACGUCAACAGCGGGGAGGUUCCAUUAGCGAAGCGGCUUUUCCGUGCAGUGCCAGCAGCGUUGAAAGUCUGCCCAGUGGAAGCGGCUCGAGCAGCACGCAGGCUCUCGUGCGCGUCGGUAGCAACCACAGCUCGAUAUCAUGCGAGGAACGCGAGCCCAACAGUCCCCAGAGAGUCGAGCUUCACCCCACGACUAUGGUGGGUGUGACUUCCAGUAGUUUUGGAUCGGUUCCCAUUCUCUGUCGCGCCAGAGCUCUAACUGACUGUUUGCCCAGCCCUUACGACAAAGAUGCUCUCCCUUUCAAAAAAGGCGACAUAAUCGAUGUACUUCAGAUGAACGCAAGUGGUCUUUGGAAAGGCGUGGCUCAUAACCGUUUGGGCUAUUUCAAAUUUAUAAACGUGGAAAUUAUAAAUGAACGUUUUUCUCGACGUGGGAAGUGGGGGCAAAAAUACAGACAGAAGCCAGGUUCAGUUCCCGAGCUGUUGCAAAGGAUGAAUCUUCAGGAUUACAUAUCCGUCUUUUUGCUCAAUGGCUACGAAGAUUUAGAACUUUUUCGAGAGUUGGAGCCUGCUGACCUUGAUUAUCUUCGUAUACAACACCCAGAACAUCGAGCUAAGAUACUCACAGCUGUGCAGCUGCUCCAUGAUAUGCAAUCGGGAAGUGAAGGUGAAGAUGUAGAGGGUUCCAGUUCAGGCCCAGAUGAGGUAGCUAGUCUUGGCAUUGGUGUGUCGCGAUUAGGUAUUGGCAGGUUGAAAUGUGAACGCUCUGAGAAUGAUCUGAGCAUCAAAUCGACAGAUAAUCAAACGGCUGAGUUCCAAGCCAACGUCCCACUUCGUCUCCUAACGCCUAGCAAUACAACUCGUAUUAGUGCUCCUAUAGAUCAGUAGUUUUCUAUUUGAUCUCUUUUGUAACUGAUCAUUUCACCGUCCUAGAAACUAGCUGCUCUUGUGAUACACGUGAUAAUCGCAAUAGUACAAAGCGUUUCCAUCAAAGUAAUAAUAGCUACACAAGACAUUAUCAGAGUAAAGCAAAUAUGUUGUGUACAACACUGUAUUGUAUUCAUUAUGUGAAGCAAAAAUUUUGUUACUUGAUUUGAUUUUGAAGAUUCGUUAAAGUUUUAUAUAUUUGUGUUUUACUUGCUGGUGAAAAUUGUAAAUUUUUUAUUGAACAAAUAAUAAAUAUUUGAAGGUGAUGUUUUAAGGUAGCUCACUGUGAAGCUGCUUGAAAACGUUUUGUAUUAUUACAAAUACAAUUAAAAAAGUAACGAGACAAUCUCUGCUUCUCGGUGCGCAUAAUCCCGAGUAUGCUGAUUUAGUAAAUUACUAGAUUAAUGAAAAAAAAAAAAAAAAAAAAAAAAAAAGGAAAGAAAAAAAA